AUGAGAUUUCAGAAUAUCCUUUUUGCGUUAGCUGUAGCUUGCUCUACAGGGUAUGGUUUUGAGAAUGACGCUCAAGAUGAGCUUGAACAAAUGUGGGGCCAAGACUGGCCAUUCAGCGGAUUGCAAAGUUAUGCGCACUUGCCCUACCACAAGUGUCUACUCAACAAGAGUUUAGACUUUGACAUUGGAAUCAUCGGAGUUCCGUUUGACACAGCAGUCACUUUCAGACCCGGAGCGAGAUUCGGGCCUCAAGCAAUCAGAAAAUCAUCUCAGAGACAAACUUCGAUGCGAGGAUUCAAUUUCCGAGCUGGUAUUAAUCCGUAUGAAAGUUGGGCCAAAGUGAUUGAUUGUGGAGACGUUCCCGUCACGCCCAUGGACAAUCAUUUAGCACUCGAAAUGAUGACUGCGGCCUACGACAAUUUACUCUCAAGAGAAUCUACUUCAGAUCAGACAAACAUGCCUCCACGACUUGUGUCUUUGGGUGGCGAUCAUAGCAUCAUUCUUCCUAUUUUGCGAGGGCUGAAAAACAUUUACGGCCCGAUAUCGGUCAUUCAUUUUGACUCGCACCUCGAUACCUGGGCGCCAAGCAAGUAUCCUUCCUAUUGGCAUAGCGACGAGUCUCAAUUCACGCAUGGAUCGAUGCUUUGGCUUGCGCACCAGGAGGGCCUGUUGGCCCGCGACGCUAAUGUGCACGCCGGCCUUAGAACUAGACUCAGCGGUAAUGGGUGGGAAGACUACGAGGAAGACGAUGACGUUGGGUUUCACCGCAUUGAAUGUGAUGAUAUUUUUGAGCUUGGUAUCGACGGUAUCGCUGAUCGGAUUUUGAGCGUGGUCCCCAAGAAUGGGCCAGUUUACAUCAGUAUUGACAUAGAUGUUCUAGAUCCCAGCGCGGCUCCAGGGACAGGGACUGUUGAGGUUGGAGGAUUAAUGACGAGGGAGCUCAUUCGCAUCCUCCGCAAACUCGAAAACCUGAACAUCGUUGGCGCAGACAUCGUCGAAGUCUCUCCUGCUUACGACUCUGCCGAAAUUACCUCACUUGCCGCAUCCCAAUUGGCUUACGAACUGAUCACCAGCAUGGUGAAAAAGGGUCCAUUAGAUCCAUCCAUUAUCAAUUACAGCGUUCAGGGAGAAUCGGGUCGCAAACAAGCCGUUUUCGACGCUACUGGUUUUUGA